UUUUUUUUUAUUUAUAAAAAAUUUAUAUAUAUAUUAAAAAUAAUUUUUAAUUUUUAUUGUAUAUUUUGUUAAUUAUUAUUUUUUUUUUUUCGAUUUUUAAACUAAAGGAUCUAAUCCACAAUAUAUAUAAAUAAAUAAAAAUGGCCUCAAAGAGUAUGACCGAAAACGCUUUAGUAGCUGUUAUUGGUGAUGAAGAUAUUGUCACUGGUUUCCUUUUAGCUGGUGUUGGUCAAAAAGAUAAAAAGAAAAACGAAAACUUUUUAGUCGUCGAUAGCAAAACCAGCCAAGCCAAAAUUGAAGCCGCCUUCAAAUCUUUCACCACCAGAAACGAUAUUGCCAUUAUUAUGAUUUCACAAAAAGUUGCAGAUGAAAUUCGUUAUUUAAUUGAUGAAUAUCACCAAGUUAUUCCAACUAUUUUAGAAAUCCCAUCAAAAGAUCAUCCAUAUGAUCCAAAGAAAGACAGUGUUAUGUUAAAAGUAAAAAAGAUGACUGGUUCAGAUUAAAUAUAAUAACUAUAGUUUAAAAAAAAAGAAAAAUAUAUAAACCCAAAAUCUU